UUAGCGAAGUUAUUAUAUGAGAAAGCAACAUUUUCGAGGCUACUCAGCACUGGAAACCCAUGGUAUUUCUCCGUAUACGGGAAUCUGAACAAAUGAAGAUGAUAGCUGUCGUCCCCGGAGUCUAAAUUUUAGAUUUGGGAUGCGUAAUUAAGCGAGGCACCAUGCCUUGGAAGAAGGGAAGACGAAAGAAAGAUUCCAAAGAAUCAGAGGAAACAGAACAAAGACCACCCUUCACUAAAACGCAAGAACCUCACCCCUUUGAACAAAGAGUAGGUGCAUGUGGAACAAUCGCCGAUGAAAUACCAGAUGGCAACUCAAGGAACCUCGGACGAAGUCACAGAGGGUGGAAUAGACCAAAACCUUGGGAAAAUAAGAAUGAAGGAUUCAGGGGACGGUCUCGUGGAAAAGGGGGAGUUAAUCAAGAGAUGAUCAAAGCACAACGGCCAGGAAGAGUAAGAGACCAAAAGCCUUGGGCACAACACCAGACUCGUGGUAAGUUUUCUGGAAAAUUCCAUUCCCUGGAACUGAAACCACUGAAGGAUAUGGAUUCCAUUGAGGUGGUCAGAAUCUUGAAUGAGAAUAUGGCUCGUUUAAAGUAUUUUCUAAGAUCUGAAGAGGAAGAUCAUAACAGUGACGAGUUUACCAUGGAUCUCACCUGCACGCUAGCAAAUGCUUGCAGCGCGCCUCCAAGUGAGUAUAAGAACAAGAUUUUAGCCUGCCUUAAAGGCUCAGUAUUCUUAAGCUCCAAGAUUCCACGUUUGUUAGAUCGCAUACAGGGGUCAACAACCUUGCACGGUCAAGAAUCUCGUAAAAACCUUAUUCAGUGGCUUAUCGUAGUAUUUGUGAAGUAUCUGAGACAUCUGCCGAGUUCCUAUGCUGAUUUGCCUUACGACCAGUUAAAAAGAGCCCUGGAACACUCGAACAUUGAUGGAAAAGAUAAACUCCAAAACGAUUUGCAGGAUUUUAAGCAUGCUAGAGACGACAUCAUAAGAGGUGAAAGACAGAAGCAUGGCAAACGCUACAUCAACAAGGCAGGGCAAAAGCCGCCGAACGAUUUCAGAGACAUACCAGUUUGUCCCACUAGCAAAGAAAUCAGAACGCAAGAGCGACCCUUCCUGCGAAAGAAUAUUACUAAAGGGAGGUAUGACGAUGCCGAGCACUACCUGGAUGUGCAAUUUCGACUGCUGAGAGAGGAUUUCCUUGAGCCACUAAGAGAAGGUAUACCAGAAAUUGUCCAGAAUAUACCGAGAAGGCAGCGGAAACAGUUAAUGAGAAAUUAUCCGGGAGCAAGAAUCUUCGACAAGACUUUUACGAAGUCUGGUAUAACGUACAAAGUGCAAUUUGAUACUACGAAGUUCGAUACAAGAAAGUGGGCACACUCAAAACGUCUUAUUUUUGGCUCAUUCCUCUGUCUUUCUAAAGAUAACUUUGAGACGAUGCUUUUUGCCACGGUCUUUGACCGAAAACCAUUUGAACUGGUGAAAGGAAGAAUUGACAUUCGCUUUAUUGAGGGACAAGAUAUCUUUGGAAUAGAAAAAUUGAAAUGUGAUUACCAAAUGGUUGAGUCGCCCGCUUAUUUUGAAGCGUAUCGUCAUGUUCUUACAGGUCUAAAGGAAUUGGAUGAAGCCACUAUGCCCUUCAAGAAAUAUCUGGUUGAAUGUAGUGAAGAAGUCAAUCCACCAGAGUAUCUGAGGCGCAAGGAUACCCAUGAUCCGGUGUGUUAUGAUCUUCGUUUGGCUUUGGAUGUACCGGAGUUAGUAAACGCUAGUGCAGUGCCUAUUCUGCAGCCUGAGGCGUGGCCCUCAGUUGAGAUACUGCCCCUUAACAAUUCGCAGCUCGAAGCCUUGAAAACUGCUCUUACAACAGAGUUUUCGGUAAUUCAAGGCCCGCCUGGAACGGGGAAGACGUAUGUUGGAGCCAAAAUUGUGCGAUGUUUACUUGGCAACCGAGAAACCUGGGACCCCGAAGGAAUUUCGCCAAUGCUCAUGGUGUGUUACACUAAUCAUGCCUUAGAUCAGUUCUUAGAGAAAGUGCUGGAAUUUCUUCCCAAGAAGGAAAUCAUUCGUGUCGGAGGAAGAUGCAAAAGUCAACAACUUGAAGAGUGUAACCUGAAGCUAUUUACUCGGAAGUACAAGAUGCAUGCAAGACGAAGAGAGCUUGAAGACAUGAUUGACCAGAAAUAUACUGAUACGACCGAGUGGAGAGAAUUGCUCGCAAAAGCUGACACAGUCCUUUUAGAAUUCGACGACUUGGAAGAGUUAUUGAACGCAGAACACAUAGAGCAGCUCUACAACGCCGUUUUCCCCCACAAUGCUGCAAGCGAAUGCCGAACACCAAGCAAUACAUUCAAACUGUGGUUAUGCAGUAACAAGCAGAUGAAUUCCUUCAACCAACAGGUAAGGAGCAAGGAAAGUGAGAUGAACAUCUGCGAAGAAAUUUUAGUUCUCCCAGACAAUGACGGAGGAAACGAUGAUAGCGCACCUUAUGAUAACACAUCAUUGACAAUGUCACUGGAUUUCGAGCAAAGUAACAGCAAAAAUCAACUAACAGUUGGGAGCGGAAACUCGACACUGUCUUCAGUGUCUAUCGCUGGAAACACCUCCCCGAAGAAACCUAAUGAAACUGCUGAAUCCAAUGCCUCAGAUAUAUAUCCCAAGAUCGAAAAAGACUUCAGUUUAGCUCUGAGAGAAUUCAUGGAAACACCUCUUGAAGACACCAUACCAGAACGUAUUUCAGGUCAACACAGAGGCAAGUUGGCUGAAUCAGGAGCUUUUCAAGCCAUUUCAGACACGAACAAUGCGCCAGUUUCGAAAUCACUGAAGGAAUCAAAUGAAGAAGAAGACAUUCCUCAGGUUGAGAAGUGUCAAACUUUGACAGAUAACAAGGAAGAAAGUACCGAAGAAAUAACGGACGUUUUUGAAGAGAAAAUUGCAAUAGAAAAGGAGGCCGAUUUGAUUCAAGAUCAAAGACGCAUUCAUGGAGAAGAGGAAUUUCUGCCAGUAAUGUUGCGAAAGGCAGGAGAACUUAAAAGUCAAAGCUAUAAUAAAGAGGAGGGGAUUCUUGACCAGGAAGAGGGAUGGGAAGUAGUAAACUACAGAAAGAAAGGAAAAAAUCUCUUUGCGUGGAAGCCGGCUGGGGAUGAGAAUUCCAAAGAAGGGAUGGAAAACGCUUCAAAUGCCAACGAUGCUAAUCAAACAAAGCCCACAAAGAAAAAGAAAAAGAAAAAGAAAAACAAGAACAAGAAAACCACAGUCAUAAUAACAGCAGACAUAGGAUCAAUAAAAACGGAUCUGGAAAAAGUAACGACGAUGUCAAGCGAUGAAGCGAUGACCAUUGAGAACAUUUGGCUGCUAUCCCCUUCAGAUCGACUUCGACUGUAUCUUUCCUGGGUAGAAAGCUACCGUGAACGCUACCGAGCAGAAAUCAAUAGAAGUGAGCAGGAAUAUCAACAACUUUGCCAACAAUUCGAGGGAGUCAGAUUUGAAGAGGAGAAAGAAGUCAUGCGUCGUGCAACAGUUGUUGGUAUGACAACUAGCGGUGCAGCGCGGUAUCACUCAGUGCUACAGAGAAUUGCUCCCAAAAUCGUCGUCAUCGAAGAAGCAGCAGAGGUUAUGGAAGCUCACAUCAUAACUUCUUUGUCGACCAACACAAAGCAUACGAUUCUCAUAGGAGACCAUAAGCAACUCCGUCCAAAGGCAACAGUCUACGAACUAGCCCAAAAAUACAAUCUUGAGAUAUCACUGUUCGAGAGAAUGGUCAUGAACAGUAUGGAUUGUAAGCGUCUGGCCAUCCAACAUCGUAUGCGUCCUGAGAUUGCUGAAAUGACGAAGAGGAUAUAUGAUCACGAGAUUGUCGACCAUGAAACGGUGUGCGAGUUUGAAGACAUCGUUGGUGUAGCAAGCAACCUGUUCUUUAUUGACCAUUGCAAGCCUGAGAAACUGGAAGGUGGGCUGCAAAGUUACUCCAAUUCCCACGAAGCUGACUUCUUGGUGGCUCUCUGCAAAUACCUUCUAAUUCACGGAUACCAGCGAAGCCAAAUAACAAUUUUAACCAUGUACACUGGCCAGUUGUUACUUCUUCAAGAAAAGAUGCCGAAAAGAAAUUUCGGAGGAAUUAGGGUCUGUGCAGUAGACAACUUUCAAGGUGAAGAAAAUGACAUCAUCCUCCUAUCAUUAGUGAGAAGCAAUUUAGAACGUAAGAUUGGUUUCCUUGGGGAGUCAAACAGAAUAUGUGUCGCAUUAUCAAGAGCCCGAAAAGGAUUUUACUGCAUUGGAAACUUUAACCUGUUGAAAGGACAGUGUAAGCUGUGGAAAGAAAUUUGUGAUCAUCUUCAAACAAAGAAUGCUAUCGACGAGUCACUGCCAAUUGUUUGUAAGAAGCACAAAAAUAAGACCAAUGUUCGUUCUUCAAGUGACUUCGAUAUCAUUGAUGGAGGUUGCAAAAUGCCUUGUGGUGACCGACUCAAAUGUGGUCAUUCUUGUGACAGACCAUGCCAUGCCUCUGACCUGGAUCAUAGAGACAGUCGAUGUACCAAGGUGUGCCUCACGUCUUGCCCAAACGAACACAAAUGUAAAUACAAGUGUCAUUAUCCCAGAGAAUGUCCUACGUGCCAUAUCAUGGUGUUAAAGACAAUCCCUCAAUGUGGUCACAAACAAUCAGUUCCCUGCAGCACCGACCCGGCAACAUUUUCUUGUCGAGAAAAAUGCCAGAAAAUCCUUCCCUGUGGACAUGUAAAAACGCUUCUGUGUUUUCAAGAUCCCCUUGUUGAUAACCAAUGUGAAUGGAUCUGUAGUAAGGUUCUGGAUUGUGGUCAUUCUUGUUUUAUGAGAUGUACGGAUCCCUGUCGAUGUAACACUGAAAUUGAAGUUGUGCUUGAAUGUGGACAUAGAAAAAAGCUUCUAUGUCAUAUGAAAGACAACCCACCAAACUGUACUGAGAGGUGCAACAGAGUUUUGGCUUGUGGACACACUUGCUCCGGUGUUUGUUAUGAGGACUGCAGAAUAAGGAAAUGUGCAACCAUGGUUUACAAGACUCUUCCUUGUGGUCACGAAAAAAUAGUCUUUUGUUCGCGAGAUCCAAUAUCUGUUUUCUGUUCCGCUCCCUGUGAACGACGGCUCGAUUGCGGACAUAAGUGUUCCUCUGUGUGCGGGCUUCUCUGCAUAGAGGUUCAGUGUCAAGUAUUGUGCCUAAAGGAGUGUGAUGAUGGUCAUGCUUGCCCAAAACCGUGCCAUUAUGGCAUUUCUUGCGGAAAUUGCAUGAAAAUGGUUGAUGUGAUAAUUCCAAAGUGCAAACACAGUACUAGGAAGUCUUGCCACGUAGAUACAGCCACACUUGUCUGUGAAAAGCCAUGUGAGAGAGAUAAAGCCUGUGGACAUCCAUGUCUGGACAUUUGUGGUGCAGACUGUGAAAACCGACCAUGCAAGAAAAGGGUUGAUGUUCGACUGUCAUGUGGACACCAAAAGUCCAUGCUGUGCAAUGAUGCAAAGAGUGGCACAGGGAAUUUACAGUGCAACGAGAUAGUCGAGAGAGAAUUAUGCUGCAAACACAUUAAAGAACUUCCCUGUCACAAAAAUCCUGAUGAGUACAAAUGCAAAGAGAAAGUCAAAGUAAAAUUAUCGUGUGGACAUACGAAGUCUCUUGUUUGCUCCGUUGCAACCGGCAACCUACAAGAUAUUUUCUGCAUGGUGAAGAUGGAACGAAAGCUACCUUGCGGACACGAGGCAACGCUUCCGUGCUACAGAACGCCUGAAGAAUAUCUCUGCGAGAAGGAAGUUGAAAUUUCUCUUUCCUGUUCCCACAGGAAACUUGUGACAUGCGCCAAGUUAAGACAUGAACCUCGAAACGAAUCCUGUGAUACGACUGUAACAAGAAAACUAGCUUGUGGGCAUGAAAAGGAGAUGAAGUGCUCAGAUAAACAACAGGAGACAUUUUGUGAAGUUCCUUGUGAACGCUGUCUUCCAUGCAAACACCCUUGUCCAGGAAAAUGUGGCGAGAACUGCUCUGGUUUCAAAUGUGCUGUGAUAGUUCCUAAAUUUCUGACCUGUGGAUUUCACAAAAUGAAUUUUCCAUGCUCUGAAGAUGUUUCCAAGGUCGUUUGUGCAAAUAGCUGCAUCAAAUCUUUGUCUUGCGGACAUAAAUGUCCUGGUAAAUGUUCUGAAGACUGUAAUCUACUCAAAUGCCAAAAGAAGGUACUCAAACGUAUUAACUGUGCUGGUAACCAUUCUUUGAAAAUGGCUUGUAGCGCCAACCCCAUAACUACAACAUGCCGAAAGCAAUGCGAGAAAACUCUGGAUUGUGGCCACCCAUGUCCGGGGCUUUGCAGUGAGGACUGUGUAAACAUGCAGUGUAUGAGAAGAGUAGAAAAACGUUUUCCCUGCAAUCACGAACAAGCACUUAAAUGUCAUGAAAGUAGGACUGCUACCUGUUCAGCACACUGUGGGCGUCGGAAGAGUUCAUGCAAACAUAUAUGUCAGGGAGUUUGCGGUCAAGACUGCUCCAAAUAUCCCUGUGGGGUGGUUGUGGUAAAAACACUGUCAUGUGGUCAUAAAGUUAAGAUGCCUUGUAGCCAGAACGCUGAUGAAGUAGAAUGCCCUGCUCCAUGUAAAGAAUAUUUGCUUUGUGGCCACCAGUGUUCGGGGACUUGUAGCGGUUGUCAUCAACGGGAUUCACACGAAAUGUGCCAAUACCCAUGCCGUCGAUUGCUUGUUUGCUCACAUCGAUGUAAAGCCAGGUGUGGUGAGCCUUGUCCUCCCUGUGACAGAAAAUGUAGCCGAAGAUGCCCUCAUGCUAUGUGUACUAAUCACUGUUCGAAGCCGUGUAACUCGUGUAAACAACCCUGUACCUGGAGUUGCACUCAUUACCAGUGUAAUAGUCUUUGUGGAGAAGACUGCGACCGGCCUCGCUGUAAUGCUCCCUGCCCGAAAAAACUAUCUUGCCGCCACCCGUGCAUCGGCUUAUGCGGUGAAAACUGUCCUACUAUCUGUCCUGUUUGUCAUCCCAAAAAGUUCUCUUCUUUGUUAGCUGGUGGACGCGGUAAAAAAAUGGAAUCAGCAAGAUUCCUACAGCUGUGGGACUGCAAUCAUAUUGUAGAGGUUAACGAGAUGGACAGGUGGAUGGACACGCACCCGGAUGAUGACGUUCAACUCAUAAGAAGGUGUCCAAAAUGCACCGUGGCAAUAACAUUCAGCUAUCGUUACGGGAGAAUUAUCAAAAAGAUGCUUACCGAUGUUGAAGAUGUAAAGAAGCAAGUACAAGAGGUUGAAAGGGAAGUAAAAAAUUCAAUCAGCCUCAUUGAAAAGGAUCUACUGCGUCUAAAUUACACUGUUCGUCUUGCACGAUCCAUCCCAUGGAAUUGGAACCCCCUUACUUUGCGUGGAACGCCAGAACGCCGUGUUUCUUUAAUUUUCACAUUUAAGAACCAUUUGAUGAUACUUAGGCAAGUACAGCAAGCGUAUCCAGUGCUAGAAAAUAUUCGUAGACUUCAAGCAGGAUCGCAAAACCAGGUUGAUGAAGGGGGACUGUUAAAAGACAUCGAAGACGCCUUUGGGCAGAUCAAAGAAUACCUUGAAAAACCACAACUGGAUUUAAAAACGCUUAGUCAAGUUCAUCAACAAACCAAAAAGAUCUUUCUUUUCUGUCAUGUUUUAGAGGCCCAGAGUAAAGCUCUGCAGCGGCGGAUUCCUUUGUCCGACAUGGGUAAAACUCGGCUGCGAUCGGCUCGCGAGCGGUUUGCUUUGUUCCUUCAAGGGGAAGAUAACUCUCUGGAUAUUGAAUGGUUGGAAAAGAUCGUCAAUACGCUAAGAACUGAAGUAAAACUUCCUGUUCUACAAGUUGAAGAAGCUCCAAGUUUUGCAAAUUUUCCAGGGUAUCAAAGAGACGUCUGGAACCUGUGUGGGCAGGGUCACAUAUAUUACACGACUAGGAUUGUGCGAGGCGGUGAAGAGAUUACGGUGGGAGGUGAAGGUUGCACUCAGUGUGCAGAUGCUGACCAUGAAGCAAGCUAACCGAUAGACGGAGGUAGAAUAAACGACAUCCAGUAAAUCUGAGUUCAGGUGUGUAAUAUUGUACAGCGGUUUACAAAUAAUCACCGUUUGAGCCGAUCCAAAUAGUUUGGCAUAAAGAGAUCAUGAAAAAUAUGCAGAAGUCAUUGGAAGCGCUAGAACAUUUACAUUCUUGUCGUUGGGUUGAAACACCGUCUAGAUGGUGACGGUAAUGUCGCACUCUGUUUAUAGCUUAUCUUGAACUUAAAACAACUUUUAUAAAUACCGCAAGAAAAGUUGGAUAACAUCAAACAAUAUCGAACUAAAGAAUUUCCUUUGGCCAGCUGACGUUGUGUGCGUGACUGACUUGUUGCGUGACGUUGUGUGCGUGACUGGGAUAUUCCUGAUGACGCAGAGAGUGAGACAUCCUUAAUACGAAACAGAGAAAGUACUUUAAGUGGACUGCUGCUUAAAUCCGUUCCUUCAGCUUUCAAAGACGAGACUUGGAAAGGCUUGUGGAUACCUCUGUUACCCGUAGAUAAUUAAGAUCCGUUUUUAGUCUCCGUUUUGUUCCCCGUAAGGGCGACAGAACGUAAGAACAUGUAGGUAACUUCUAUUGACUGGUACGUAGGAAAUGAUUUGCUAUUCCUUGAGCGAUAUCGUAUUUGAUCAAUACUUGUCAUGGAAAUUAUUUUUGUUACUUUCAAAAUAAUGUCUGGAGAGAAAAUUUUGAAAGAAAAAUAUAUUACACUAUUUUUCUUGGAUGCUUUCUAGUUUCCAAAUGGCUUAGUUCAAAAUUAAACUAUGGAUUGCAAUUCUUAUUUGGAUGAUGAUUGCGAACAUCGUGCGAUUGCAUUUCUUGUAAGAAAACAACAAAAUUUUAAUGUUAGCUUUCAAAAUAUACAAAGCACUACAACUAUAUCUUUAAUCGAAGUUUUUAGAGGCUAGGCUAGGUCUAUAUUUACUUAUAACCUUUAGUAUGAAAAUUAGCAGUAUUCUUCACUACAUCAGAGUUAACUGAUAGGCACUGUACCUGAUAGACUCCCCACUUAGGAGAACAGGUAUCUACCUCUUGUCAAAGAGUAUAAGGGGAGCAUCAAAAUGGGAACUUGUAAUUUAUGCCAUCGAAAUCAUUAUGCAUCCUAACUGUCAGGACCCCUUGAGCCGAAUUGAGGUUUUCUAAUGGCAUAAAGAGUAAUUCAUUUAUUAUUUGUCCUGCGGAGGCAAUAUUUGUUGAUUGAAAUUCUUAGUAUAAGACAAGUUGGCCAAUGGCCAUCACAGUGCACUGAAGAAUAAAAAAAAUGACAUCAAAAGAAACAUA